AUGUCAGCAGUGACCAAUCAGCCUCUUCCUUUUGGACAACUGGAGCGAGAGAAGCACAUCCAGAUGAUCUUCAGAGCUUUCCACGACAGCUGUGGGCCUUCAUGCGAGUGCCACACUCACUCGCCUGGAGCACAACACCGGCAAAAGUCUCCUGACCCGCAAUCUGAUGAGCAACUGCCAGGUCUGGCUCGUGGGAGGACAAUGGAGAACGGCUCCACACAGCCACUGGGCACAGUGACCAGCCCUGGACUGGAGGAGCGGUGGCCUGCAGGCGCAGCAGGAUCACACUUUAUGUCUGCGCUGGAAGCAGUCAGUCAAAUACACAUCACUGCCAGGCCAGAGCUGCAAGGUCCACAGUGUGUUCCUAAGAGGAUCUACAGCAUCACCACAGGAAGCAGCCGGUCACAGAUAUUUGUGGCUGUGGAAGAGAGUUCCUGUGUUUGCCUCCAAUGUUGCGGUCCGGCUCGGGCCUGUUCUGUUCAGGGCUUUGACUGUCAGGGCCGGCAGGUGUUUUAUUUUGAAAGGCCCCUCAGGGGGGACGCCUGCUGCCUCGGCUGCUGCCUGAUGGAGAUGAGGGCCUACACGCCUCAAAAACAUCUCAUUGGCACUGUAUUUCAGAGGUGGAGCAUGUUCACCCCUCUGCUGGAGGUGAGCGGGUCAGAAGGAGCACCGGCCAUCAGAGUCCAGGGCUCCUGCUGUCCAUGCCGCUGCUUCUCCAACCAGCAAUUCCAGAUUGUCUCCAACAUUGGUGAGAAAAUGGGCACAAUAUGGAAGAAAUGGCCUGGCUUCAAUGUGGAACAGAACAUGGACCAUGAACAUUUUGGGUUGGAGGUGCCACUGAAUGUGGACUCGCGUACGAAAAUGCUGCUGCUGGCAGCCACGUUCUUGUUGAAUUAUAUGUUCUUUGAGAUGAGCUGAUCAAUGAAAAGGAUCAAUCGAGGUUUGAAACCGAUCUACAAACAUGAGGCGCACCAGUCAUGUGAUAAGAAACUGCAUCAUUGAAUUGUUUGUAAGACAACUAUGAAAACAGCAGAACUGACACUUCAAUUCAUGAAAUAAAAUGAGGGAACCAGCUUUA